AAAAAUGAUUUCUUACGCCUCACGCUUCGACGGUCAUACAAGUGGAUGAGCAAUACAAGCGGAAAGAGACGUUUGACCACAGAUUUUUCUCGACAGUGCUCUCAACGGGAAGUUUACAAAAGAAGCAUCCCUGAAACUGGACCGAUCGGGUAAUUCUUGCCGGAUUAAUGACAUAAAAUCAAGCUCAUUUUUGCCCCUAAGGUGGAUGACAAGUGGCUAAGGAAGAGUUAAAUACCUUCGCGAUCAUUGAAUCACUCCAAUAAAAGGAUACUUCCGCUGAUUUUGGGCCUUUAAACUGGUUUACUGUUCAAACUUUUUAUUUGUUUAAACAACGUUAAUUGCAAAAGAAUUUAUUAGCAUGUUAAUCAAGAAUUCAAAUUUUACAAGGAACUACAUUGAAUUCUUCCAUCAUUAAACAAUUGUACUAAAACGUCAUGGUUAAGCUAUAAAAUUUGUGUCGAACUUUUAUCUUAAUCGAGCUGCCACCGCCAAAAGAGUUUGAAGUUGAAGUGAAAGUCAUUGUUAACAGAAGAAAAUGAAGUUGAAAGUUUUUUUUGCAGUGAGUAUACCAGAACUUGAAGUCUCGGGUUUUUCUAGCCUGAUGCUACUUUUAAGUUCUAAGUUUGGAUUUGACUUUUGUAAAUCUGGGGACCGAGUUUCAUGAAACGAGUUUUCUUGACGGAUGCCUGCAGGCUGUGCUUGAUCACGGUUUAAAAAACUGUUGUUUGCCUGGAACAAUUUAUCCAGAUCCUUCAAUUUAAAACAAGACAUUUAUCGUUUUAUAUGCAGCCCAAAGUCCCGAAAUGAACAGGUUUAGGGAGGGUCAGUUACGGAAGGUCGUCGCUUAGAAGAAUCGAACUACAGAGGGUCUCUUCCUAGAGGUCGUGACAUAUCUACGUUUUGCCGUAGAAUUUAUUUCUUGCAAUUUCUAAGUUAUGUAUACGUGUAGUUUUGUUUUGACAUUCAUAGUUCUUCUUAUAGCCUGAGUGGCAUAGUACAUACAGCGAGCAACGAGACGGCAUUAUGCGUCAAAUUGGUCGCUUACAAGAGGUUAAAAACAAUGGAAAACUAUGCUACUCUGAGGACAAAACGUGACCGAAGUCGAGUAUGAGAGGUGAUCGUUCAUGAGAGGUUCUAAUCAUUGAGUAUUGACUGGGAAAAAAGUUCUUUCGGUGGGUGGUCGCAUCUUGUGAGAGGUGGUCGUUUACAAGAGGUUCUAAUUAUUGAGCAUUGACUAGAAAGAACGUUUUGUGGGCAGGUGGUCGUUUCUUAUGGGAGAUGGUCGUUUACGAAAGUUAGCCGGAAAUAGACGUUUGACUGUAUUUUGAGUUUAAGGGUAACUAUGCUAUUUUCGAAUUUUGACUGAUUUCUUUUUUGUUUCAACUUAUCAUAUCUCUUUUCUUUGUUCCUAGACGGUUUUCGUCUUUUUGUUUGCUGAGGAAGUAUACUCUCUCGGACUUAGUUACGAAGGUGUAAAGAGUAAUGAGUGCAAUUAUGAUGGGCGUUAUAUGAGAAUAAACAUAAAGGAAUGUGAAAAUAUAAAUUCGCGAAACAAAUGUCAAGCAAUGGCGGAUGGGGAAACGAGCAGCGAUUCAAACACAGGUAUGUUGGCGGGUUUUCUUCAUGUCGUUCUAUUGCUCUCAUCCACUUUCUAUCUCAAAAUUAUUUUAAGACGGCAGAAAAAUUUCAAAUUUUAUUACUAAAGACAAUCAAUCCACUGCGGGGAUCCUGUGGUCUAGCCGAAUUCCUAUGUUAUUGGCGAUACAACAUGAUAUCCGACACAACCACCCACACUCGGAUUCGACUGCCGUCAGUCACUAUCCAUCUCAAAAUCAUUUUAAGAUGGAAAAGAUUUCUACAAGCCGAAAAUUUAGCCGUAUUUUAUUACCAAAGAUAAUCGCGCGACUGCGGGGACCAUGUGGUUUGUCCAAUUUCUUUGUUAUUGGCGAUACACAUGAUUUUCGAUACACCCACCCCUUACCCGCGGAUAAAUCGUUUUCACUCCUCCUAGGAAUAUUUAAUUUUGCAAUGUUAUUCUUCUUUUUACCUAAUUUUGAUUAAUUGAAAAUUUGUCUCCUAUUAUCCCCUUUGGCUCUCUCUGGUUUGAUCAGGAAUGUGUCACCACUUGCCAGAAAAAUAAAAUGUGAGAUUUGCUAAAAGGCACUGGUGCAAUGCCAUAAAGCUCAUAUAUAGGUGUUAUGUUUCUGCAGAUUUUACGUUGGAAAAACCUAAAAAUAAUAAGCUCAGCAAGCUGAGAUGUAUCUCUUUCAACAACAUCUAUUCACUUAUGGUACAAGGAAACAAUGUCAGCUUCGUGGUGAGUGAGUAUAAGGCUUAGUAUAAGACUUACAAUUGUGAAACAAUCAUCCUUUUUAAAAAUGGACCUUCCGAUUAUCCUUUACUGCACUAGAUUUGAUAAAUUAGUUCCCGAUAACUCAAACCUUUAAGGCGAAUCAAGAGGAAUGCAAGUAUCAACCACACUCCACUUCAAGGGCAACAAGAAAAAUAUAUAUUUUUUUGGACAAAAAAAAAGCUCGAUUAAUCAGUACAGGGAUAAACAUUAUAUUUAAAUUGGACUAAAUAAAAAGUAAAGAUAAAAAAUGCACGGUUGUUUUGAAAUAAAUUCAAUGUUUUGAAAUACAGUUAAACUGUUUUUGUUUUUUUUUCGCCUAAUUAAUGUCACGCGCUUAAAACUAUGGUUGGAGUUAUCGAGGGUAAAAUAAUUGUAUAGAAUGAUCAGAGGGGAAACAAAAAUUACUUCGAGGUAGCGGGAGGUUCGAGUUAUCAGGAGUCGACUGUAUUCUUGCAUUACUUUUUGUAAUUUUCUGGCUUAUUGUAAGAGUCUAUCGUAAAAAAAAUGAACAAAUAAAUAAGUAAAUAAUAAUAAUAACAACAAUAAUAAUAAUAAUUAAUUUUUUAUCUGUUACUUUCACAGAAUGUUUCCUGUGAAAAAGGAGGCAAAGACGUUUGGUUUAAAUUUAAGGAGUUGAAAGAUCAUGAUCACCCAGGGGAAAAAAAUAAAUAUCAUGGGUUUUUUAUACGACGUAGUAUGCAUACGAUGUGUCUCACUCGCAGUUGUAAUGGCAACUUGUAUGUAGUGAAAGUUAACUCACCAGAUGACCGAAAAUGCUUCUUUAAACAGAAAAUUAAGGGAUGAUAAGUUAAUGCGACAGAACUGAAUGUGCAGGGGCGUAGCCAGCUUUUCGACUUUUUGUAGCCCCGGUUGACUUUCUUUUCCACAUAUGCUGAAAACUGCACACAUGACUAGUACGCACCAACACUUUGCGCUCUAAGCUUUUUAGCUCACCCCAACAACGUAUAAUUUAUUACAAACGGUAGAGUGAUAAAACCAAACAUUUUGUAGGCCCGGGCCUACAGGUCUAUAGGCUGGCUACGCCACUGAUGUGGUUUUAUUUAAUGCGGUAUGACAUCAUUUUAUCAAUUUAAGGUAAUUUUCCUAUUUUUAAAUUAUUUUUUACUUGUAACGUUAAUGUUGUAUCGCAUUCUAUACAAAGAAAGGAAUAGGAUUAUUUAAGUUAUGAUGCUACCGUUAAUAUUUCUUACACUAGUCACUAACAUUGGCAGUGUACAUUACCAGUUAAUACAAUUAUUGUCCCCCACGGUAAUGAAUAAGCAAUUAAAAAUUGGAGGAUCUUGACCGCUAGCAGUCUGUUUGCAGUUCCAUGGAGCCGAUAUAUAAUUAUACCAAUGCAGCCACCACGACGUGCUAACAUCGAACAGUAUCGAGUGAUUGCCAAAGCUAAUAGUCAAUUAAUCAAAUAACACGAUACUGACUCCCGGGGAGGGGGGGGGGGGANACAUCUAUUCACUUAUGGUACAAGGAAACAAUGUCAGCUUCGUGGUGAGUGAGUAUAAGGCUUAGUAUAAGACUUACAAUUGUGAAACAAUCAUCCUUUUUAAAAAUGGACCUUCCGAUUAUCCUUUACUGCACUAGAUUUGAUAAAUUAGUUCCCGAUAACUCAAACCUUUAAGGCGAAUCAAGAGGAAUGCAAGUAUCAACCACACUCCACUUCAAGGGCAACAAGAAAAAUAUAUAUUUUUUUGGACAAAAAAAAAGCUCGAUUAAUCAGUACAGGGAUAAACAUUAUAUUUAAAUUGGACUAAAUAAAAAGUAAAGAUAAAAAAUGCACGGUUGUUUUGAAAUAAAUUCAAUGUUUUGAAAUACAGUUAAACUGUUUUUGUUUUUUUUUCGCCUAAUUAAUGUCACGCGCUUAAAACUAUGGUUGGAGUUAUCGAGGGUAAAAUAAUUGUAUAGAAUGAUCAGAGGGGAAACAAAAAUUACUUCGAGGUAGCGGGAGGUUCGAGUUAUCAGGAGUCGACUGUAUUCUUGCAUUACUUUUUGUAAUUUUCUGGCUUAUUGUAAGAGUCUAUCGUAAAAAAAAUGAACAAAUAAAUAAGUAAAUAAUAAUAAUAACAACAAUAAUAAUAAUAAUUAAUUUUUUAUCUGUUACUUUCACAGAAUGUUUCCUGUGAAAAAGGAGGCAAAGACGUUUGGUUUAAAUUUAAGGAGUUGAAAGAUCAUGAUCACCCAGGGGAAAAAAAUAAAUAUCAUGGGUUUUUUAUACGACGUAGUAUGCAUACGAUGUGUCUCACUCGCAGUUGUAAUGGCAACUUGUAUGUAGUGAAAGUUAACUCACCAGAUGACCGAAAAUGCUUCUUUAAACAGAAAAUUAAGGGAUGAUAAGUUAAUGCGACAGAACUGAAUGUGCAGGGGCGUAGCCAGCUUUUCGACUUUUUGUAGCCCCGGUUGACUUUCUUUUCCACAUAUGCUGAAAACUGCACACAUGACUAGUACGCACCAACACUUUGCGCUCUAAGCUUUUUAGCUCACCCCAACAACGUAUAAUUUAUUACAAACGGUAGAGUGAUAAAACCAAACAUUUUGUAGGCCCGGGCCUACAGGUCUAUAGGCUGGCUACGCCACUGAUGUGGUUUUAUUUAAUGCGGUAUGACAUCAUUUUAUCAAUUUAAGGUAAUUUUCCUAUUUUUAAAUUAUUUUUUACUUGUAACGUUAAUGUUGUAUCGCAUUCUAUACAAAGAAAGGAAUAGGAUUAUUUAAGUUAUGAUGCUACCGUUAAUAUUUCUUACACUAGUCACUAACAUUGGCAGUGUACAUUACCAGUUAAUACAAUUAUUGUCCCCCACGGUAAUGAAUAAGCAAUUAAAAAUUGGAGGAUCUUGACCGCUAGCAGUCUGUUUGCAGUUCCAUGGAGCCGAUAUAUAAUUAUACCAAUGCAGCCACCACGACGUGCUAACAUCGAACAGUAUCGAGUGAUUGCCAAAGCUAAUAGUCAAUUAAUCAAAUAACACGAUACUGACUCCCGGGGAGGGGGGGGGGGGAAGAUUGACUGCGUUACUUAGUACAUAACUUCAUGGGAAACGCCUAGCGAAGACUCCCAACCUGCUGAGGACGAGGUUGGAAGAUUUUAUGUCGGAAAAAAGGUGGUGAUGCUGACCAGAAAAAACUAAAAUUAAACCCGAAGAAAGCCGGGCCUUGCGCGUUGCCAGCUACAUUGUUUAACCUCUAAAUAAUUCAAGUAGAAAAUAGGCCAGCCAUGUAACCAGUGUAGCCGUAAAUUAUAUUGCAAUAAAGAGAGCAGUUGUCAUUAAGUUAUUUUCUCUCCUCUCUUCUUUUUUGCUUACCUUUUCUUGACAUCCCUAAGUGAUACUUGAGCGGCAAAAACAGAAUUUUGGCGAUCCAUUCCCUGUAAUUGCUCCCACAGGGAUUUCGCCCAGAAGGCGAAAUCCCGAGGAGGCACUCUAGUAACUCGCCUAAGUAUAUCAAGGAAAGUACUUACAGUUGAAAUAUACAGUCAUACAGUCAAUAUAGAAAAAAUCUCGAUUUGCUUGAACAGGGGCCGCAAGAAUCAGUAGGUAAUGAUGACGUUUCUAUUGUUUGCGCCCGCAAGUAAGAAAUGGUUAGGAUGACGUAAAGACAGAACAUCCCGAAGGGACCGCUCAGGUAGAUUUUGUGACAUUUAUUGUGCAGUGGAGCCUCCAUCUCCAUUAAUUUCUUGAGUCAACCCUUUCCCGAGUAGAUUUAUAAAUAGAACGGCUAGUUUCGCGCGAAAAGUGUCAUAUUUCUGUGAGUCCCGUGUGUCACCGCACCGUGAAAAAAUAAAAUUAGAUGAAGUCGAACUCAGAAGCCCGCCCUUCGACCGUUUUCCUUUUUUCCUUUACGUCCAUUUUUACUAUUUUACAGCCGCUGGGAUCUGGGUAUCAUGAAAUAAAAGUUAAUGAAUUACUCGACUGAGAGUGAGCAUGAAGCGAUGAGACAAAGGCUGCAAAAGGGUUUAUCUUUGCGAGUGUUCUUUUUUUUUUUUGCCGUCAUACAUCCCAUAUUUAAGUAUGCACCUUGAAAAGAGUCGACGAUUAAGCGUUCUGUGGACGAUUUGGAACUUUUGGAUGAUCAGCGCCGAAAAAGUGCCGGGAUCAUUUGAUUUUUGUGAUCACCGUGGAGUGAAUUUCGCCAGGUAAGCACCGCGUGCAAAAGCGAUGACCUAAGUAGCUACUAACGAGGAAUGCUUCAGUUCCGAAAUUUGAGAAAUUGCAGUCUUCCUUUACAACUGACUUGUAUCACCGUGAGAGUUGCCUGAUAAAAUUGGCACUUGAAAAGUUGACCAGAAGACAACAGUUGUUCGAAAUUCGAAAGGAAUUUGUGACAUCGCGCUCCAGUCCAAAGACCCACAUAUCUCAAGAAAAACAAAAUGGAUUGUAUCAAUUUUGACUGACUAACAGGACAAUUCUCAGCAGUUAAUGUAGAUGUUUAGGCUCAAUUCCUUCCUUCGAAUUCGCAUCUCUAGAUCACUUUUUGUGCGAGAAAACAAUGGCUGGGCCCGGCGUUACAACAUAGCAGGGAAUCAUCACACUAGCUGACGGACAAAACAAUCACAAUGACUACAAGUAUUUAUUCAGAUAAACCCAUUUCGGAAAAAAAAACUUGAAAAACUAGAAAUUUGAUUAAUAUUGAGUCAUUUAGCCGAAAUAAGAACCUUAACGCUCCAAAAAAUUGGCUAAAAAAAAAGAAUCCUGUCAGAACUACAGACUGCAGGUAGUAGUUAAUCAUUACGCAUGGAACAGACCAGACCAUCUUCAUGGCCUCUUAAUGUGAAACAAGCAACCAAAAUUAAGAUUAACAUAGUCAGAGUUUAAAACUCUCCACAGUAUAAUCUACCCGCUAGAAAGAAAAAAAGAAAAUCUCUGAGGGAUGAAAACGCUAAAGUCACGUUCCACUAGCUUAUGAUUGUGUUUGGCCUGUCAACACCGAAUUUCCUGCUGUUUGAUGAAGUACAAUAGCAGUGUCAUUUCGUCGUUGUGAUUGGCUCUUCCCACCGUCGGCGCGCAAAGUCUCCCCUGGGAACCGUUCUAAUUAUAAAUCUACUCGGGAAAGGGUUGACUCCAAGGGCUUGUAUGGGAGAUGGAGGCUCCAUUUGAUGGGCUCCUGUUGUGCAGUCAUACUUCGACACCCUUUUGCGUUACGUGUUAUCAGUGACAUUCUGUGGAGCAGUUGUUUCAGUGAAAGUUAUGGACCAAAAUUUUAACGACACUCGUUAAGUGCAGAAGAAGUUAUAAGGUGCGUAUAACUGUGUAUAUAUAAUAACUUGGAGAGUUUGCCAGACACGAGUUCACAAAUCUUUCAUUGGAAACCUUGCCAGAAACUCUUUCUCUCUCUUUGACAAGAAUAAGACUCAGCCCCAAACAAGCAAGACGAGUGAACAACGGGUAGCUUCUCACUAGUAGAACGAUGGACGAUUACAGAAAUUCGCCGACAAUCAAAUUCUGUGCUGACUUUUUCCCUGCUCACAGAUGUCCUUCCGCUAUAAAGUUUAAAAUAAGCCAGAAUGCGCGAGUGUGAAUUGAUCAAACGUCCUUUUAAUUUCUAAGGCUUCCUUUCCGGCAAAUAAAAUGAACUGAAUGUAAAAAGUGAAAGAGAAAUAAAGAAAAAUUCAACUUCUAAUUAAAUCUUUUCUUAAAAAUGGUUUAGAAUAAACUAUUCUCGAAACUGAGAAUGUUUUGAUCAAAGCUGUGUUAAUCGACCUGAAACUGUGCAUGGAACCUUGCGUUUCCUAUCUCACCUAUUGUAUGGAAUAUGUGUGAAAAUCUUCCUUAUGAAUCGGUAUAUUUCAAAGAGCUUCACAACGAGCAAGAAUACUAUUGACCGACAAUAUUCAGAGCGGAGACAGCUGUAGUGUCAACUAGUUAAUACUGAAUUCUGUAACUACACGUAUGCGACGACGAAUAUCCGAGCCCUUUCUUUCUGAAGCUUAUCACUAAACAACAGCCAGUAAAGUAAACGAGGCUUACUUAAUGUAAGCUUCGUUAACGACAACAACAACAACAAAGUUAUUUAACUCCGCUCGCCACAUACAACAAAAGCUGAUUUCCAUUUGCAUUGCUAUGGAAACUACGAAUAUUCUAGCUACAAAUCUUGCCGAAGUUCACCACCUACAAUCGAACUUCCAUGAGCAACCACCUCCCAUAAACGACUGUCGAGCGAAAACAUCAAAAUGUAAGCGACCGCGACCACCUUUUGGGCCUGAAAGCUUACUGAUUUUUCAGUUUUUUAACCUCUUGUAAGCGACCACUUGACGCAUUCUCUCAGUCUUGUUGCUCGCUGUGUGCACUGUGUUGCUUUGAAUAUACGAAGAACUUUAGUGACAACAUGGAACUACACAUGGCGUAAUAAAUUGUCUUCCAUAAGGUAAAUGUGCCAGAACCUCUUCUCGGAUGAGGCUCCCUAUGGUUCGAUUCUUGUAAGCGACCAGCUCCCGCAAGUGACCACUAAGUCUUUGCAUUUUGGGUGGUCGCUUACGGGAGGUUUGACAGUACUUUAUCUGCAGUAGUGUUUUUAAGAUCGGCGUAUACCAUUCCCGGCUGUUGAAUUUAAUUUCAAUUUAUAACAUAGCGCACGUGCUUGCCCUAUAUAAGUCCUAUUGAGCCGCUAUGAACAAAAUCUUUAUUUACGCACGCCCGUGCGUAAAUAAGAUGACGUCAGCAUUUUUUUUUUUUACCUGGCUGCAAAGUUGUCGUCUUUUAAGCUGCAGUGCACUUUUCCUUCUCUUUAAAAUAUGGAAGAAACCAGCGAAGAACUGCCCAAUUUUUCUAUCGGCAUUGACCUUUUAGGUCCCGAUCCAACAAGCAGCAAAAAUGAAGCCGAAUUAAAAAAAACUCGCAAGUUGAGCGUUUCGCAAAUUGGUCGAAGACGAGCUGCAGCAAAUGUUUUGCUGAAAGACAUUCACUGGGAACAGAACAAACACCAACUGGUCAUCAACAACACUUAAAGGCAAAAUCUCCGUUUUUAUUGUUGUUUUUAAAUUUGUUAUGCACUUUGUUAUAUCCGUACAAUCCGACUUAAGCAGGAAAAUUGUGUUGCAAUAACAACACAAAUUACACAAGAAGACAUAAAUUUAUUACUCACAAAAACAACUGCUGCCAGGUCUUCUCAAGAAGCCGUAAUGACCAGCCAAUGUUCGUAAAUGAAUAUAAGUUUAAAGAAGGAUGACAGUCUUCUUCGCUAAAAAACAUGUUUUCUGGAUUUCGCCGAGCAAAACGUAAACAUCUUUUCAGCAAAUCAGAACCAUACUCCGCAACUUCUUACGAACAUGUUAGUAUUUUAAACUCUUCUUUUUAGACUCUUUUACCUUUGUUUCUGCUUAGUUUCCAUUGAUCGUUAACAAUAAAGAAGCAAAUUUUCUUUCUCACUUUCACAGAAAGAAUAUUUUCAUUCAAACUAAACGAUUGUGGCGUGUUCGUAAUCAGCCAAUAGAACCGUUUGUUAUUGUGUCGCGCGUUACGAGAAUUUUGCAGUUAAUCAAAAAGCAAGCAUUUUUGUCAGCUAUGUUAUAAAAGAAUUUGCUCAUGCUUUUAGCUGUGCGUAUAUCGAGUUAUGGAUGCACUUGGGAAGUUUGGAGAGCACUCAAGAAGGUAGAGUUGCACUCGGCUAUCGCCUCGUGCAACUCUUACGCAUCUUUCGUGCUCUCCAAACUUCCCGCGUGCAUCCAUAACUCGAUAUACGCACGCUAAUUAAGCAUGAAUAAAUUCUUAAUUUGCUACUGCCUUUGUAUUACUUUCAUGAAAUUUAUUGAAACGGCCCUCCAGGUAACGCUCCCUUAUCUGAAAAGGACAACCCCAAGUCAAUCAAGAUUUUGAAAAUAUUAAUGAUCCCAUGGCCAGAAAUCACGGUCAUUUGAGCCCGCGCUUUGGCAUGCGGCUUUCUUCUUAACAACAGAGAAUCCAAUAUGGCGGACAAAAAGCGUGCUGUACAGUACCGCAAGUGAUCCCCAACCGCAAAUGAUCCCGAGACCGCAAAUGAUUCCCAAAAUGGACCGCAAAUGAUCCUCGACCGCAAGUGAUCCCCAAAGUUGACGGCAAAUGAUCCCGAAAGAAAAAUAGGAAUGGCUUAGACUCGAGUUAGCGGAUCAUCGUCUCUAUUUCAUUAUUGUUACAAAAAAUUUUUCAGUUCUAAAAUAAAUACAUGAAUAAAAACGAAAUGAAAAAAUCAUUCAAGUGUAGAAACGAAGUCGGUAGGCAACACACGACUUUUACCUCAUGCCAAAAUGCUGCUUGUUCCAAUGAAUUUUCUCUCUGGUGGGUAGAUUAUACCUCUGAAGGAAAACGUUUUGUCUGAGCAAAUGUGAUUUUUGCCGCUUAUUUCAUACUGAGAGGUCACGCAUUUUCGGCAGUUAUUGUUGUUUCUGGUCGGCAUGAUUUGUCCUUUAAUGCAAGCAUUUCCUUCGACCUCUUUCAAAUGCAAUGCUUUUCAUUGCGGCUAAAUAAGGGUUUUAGGUUGUUUAAUUUUCUUUAAAGUGCCUCAAGAAUCCGAAUAAUUAUAAGCGACUUUUUUUUAGUCCGUGAAUGUGACGGUUCCUACGAUGUUUUGCCACUCGAUAACUACCGCUUGCCUCGCUUUUGCGUUUCUCAUUACCAGGUUUAGAUUCUUGGUAACUGUCUCCAGCAGAGACACAACAAAUGGAUAUACAUAUAAGCGUCAAUAUAACUAUUCGCAACAUGUUCAUGAGCUGUAAGCAAGUUGCUCUUUCAAAGUAAACCGAAACCUGUGGACAUUGAUAAGUUCGGGGGCAUUUUGACGUGUGUUUAUUUCAAAUCAUGUCUUGUUUCGUAACGGGCACUCCCAGGCCUGGGACACUCCUAAGUUACGAACCAAUGUCUUGCUGAAUGUCCUUCCGCUAUAAAGUUUAAAAUAAGCCAGAAUGCGCGAGUGUGAAUUGAUCAAACGUCCUUUUAAUUUCUAAGGCUUCCUUUCCGGCAAAUAAAAUGAACUGAAUGUAAAAAGUGAAAGAGAAAUAAAGAAAAAUUCAACUUCUAAUUAAAUCUUUUCUUAAAAAUGGUUUAGAAUAAACUAUUCUCGAAACUGAGAAUGUUUUGAUCAAAGCUGUGUUAAUCGACCUGAAACUGUGCAUGGAACCUUGCGUUUCCUAUCUCACCUAUUGUAUGGAAUAUGUGUGAAAAUCUUCCUUAUGAAUCGGUAUAUUUCAAAGAGCUUCACAACGAGCAAGAAUACUAUUGACCGACAAUAUUCAGAGCGGAGACAGCUGUAGUGUCAACUAGUUAAUACUGAAUUCUGUAACUACACGUAUGCGACGACGAAUAUCCGAGCCCUUUCUUUCUGAAGCUUAUCACUAAACAACAGCCAGUAAAGUAAACGAGGCUUACUUAAUGUAAGCUUCGUUAACGACAACAACAACAACAAAGUUAUUUAACUCCGCUCGCCACAUACAACAAAAGCUGAUUUCCAUUUGCAUUGCUAUGGAAACUACGAAUAUUCUAGCUACAAAUCUUGCCGAAGUUCACCACCUACAAUCGAACUUCCAUGAGCAACCACCUCCCAUAAACGACUGUCGAGCGAAAACAUCAAAAUGUAAGCGACCGCGACCACCUUUUGGGCCUGAAAGCUUACUGAUUUUUCAGUUUUUUAACCUCUUGUAAGCGACCACUUGACGCAUUCUCUCAGUCUUGUUGCUCGCUGUGUGCACUGUGUUGCUUUGAAUAUACGAAGAACUUUAGUGACAACAUGGAACUACACAUGGCGUAAUAAAUUGUCUUCCAUAAGGUAAAUGUGCCAGAACCUCUUCUCGGAUGAGGCUCCCUAUGGUUCGAUUCUUGUAAGCGACCAGCUCCCGCAAGUGACCACUAAGUCUUUGCAUUUUGGGUGGUCGCUUACGGGAGGUUUGACAGUACUUUAUCUGCAGUAGUGUUUUUAAGAUCGGCGUAUACCAUUCCCGGCUGUUGAAUUUAAUUUCAAUUUAUAACAUAGCGCACGUGCUUGCCCUAUAUAAGUCCUAUUGAGCCGCUAUGAACAAAAUCUUUAUUUACGCACGCCCGUGCGUAAAUAAGAUGACGUCAGCAUUUUUUUUUUUUUUACCUGGCUGCAAAGUUGUCGUCUUUUAAGCUGCAGUGCACUUUUCCUUCUCUUUAAAAUAUGGAAGAAACCAGCGAAGAACUGCCCAAUUUUUCUAUCG